AUGAGCAGAAGGUGGAUACAGAACCCGAAUAGAUGCGCAGACGAAUACUUGGAUGGAAUCGAGGAUUUUAUUGAGUUUGCACGUAGACACAACCCGGGUGCAACUAGAAUCCGUUGUCCUUGUAGGAGGUGUAACAACACGUUGUGGGAGACAAUUGAAAAUGUUGGAUUUCAUUUAGUAAGGAAUGGAAUGAUUGAGACAUAUAGCAUUUGGAACCUUCACGGGGAACAAUUAGACCAUGCUUCGUCUUCAAAUGCCACAAGAGUGGACAAUGUUGAACCUAUUGUGGAUCCUAAUGAUCAAGUCAUGGAUAUUAUACAGGAUGUUUUUCCAUUUGCAUCGACCAACAUCAAUCAAGAAGAGGAAGAUGACGUGCCUACACCAAUAGACAGUGCGGAGUUUGAACAAUAUGAAAAACUGUUAAAAAAUGCCAACCAAGAGUUAUACCCAGGGUGCGAGAGCUUUUCCGUUCUCACGGCCAUUGUGGAGCUAAUGCACGGAAAAAUAAAGUAUCGUAUGUCGAACCUGUGUUUUGAUUACUUUUUGGGGGUUUUCAAGAGAAUGCUUCCGAGGACAAUUGUUUGCCGAAAAAGCAUAAACAGGCGCAGAAGGUGUUGA